AUGAUUUUUUCUAAACUAGAUUUAUUCUCUUCAUAUUUUACAUUUAACACAGGAAAUUAUUAAAUUAAAAGAGGAACAUUGUUAGGAACAGUUCUUUCUUUUGUUAUUGUUAUUACUACAUUAUCAUAUCUUAUUUACUUAAUUUAGUAGUAUGUCACCAAUUAAAUAGAUCCAGUUUAUAGAUCAUAAAGCUUGAUAAGCCAAGAUUAUAUUUAAGCUAUCCUUAAUAGCGAUUUCGUUGGAUUUAGAUUUGAACAAGAUAGUUAAAUUCAGCUAUCUUAGGAUAAAACAUACAUAGUUUAUUUAGCAUUUUUUGAAUAUGUUACUCCAGAUUCUAGCUUAUAUUUACCUCUUAACGUAAUUGAAUGUACUCAUCCUAGUCUCUUAGGAUUUAAAUGUCUCGAUUUUUCUAGCUUAAAAAAUCAAACACUGUUUCUCAACACAAAUCAGAACGCUAAAUCCACAGUUUAAAUUAUGACAUAUGGAUGCCUCGAUCUUGAUUAAUUAAAAACCUCAAUUCCAUAAAAUUGUGCUAACUAAACAGAAAUUGAUUAUGUAAUUAAUGGAGUCAACUCUCUUUUGAGGUUUAAAUUAUUUACUUCCCAAUACAACACUGCCACAAGAAAUGUUGAAAUUAAUUACAGAAACGCCUAUAUUUACACUAUAGCCAACUAACAAAUAUUAACAUAGCUUAAAAUCUAAAAUUAAAAUACUUCAGUAAAAUAAGGAUCAAUAAUCUAAUCAGAGUCCUACUUUUCUUCACCAAUUUAGUAUACUUAAUAGGACUAAUUUUUUGAUAGAUAAUAUGCACUUUUGUAUACUGGAGCAGGUUCCUAUAGCUAAGCAAUAGUAAUGAUUGAUGAAAUUAUUUAGCAUAUUUAAAUUUAAUAUCCUACUUUUCCUCAAGUCCUAGCCCUAGUAAGUAGUAUAUUUACUUUGUUGAUGAUAGUAGGUAUCUUUGGUAAAAUGGUUUCAUAAAAAUCAAUACAAAAUGAUUUUGUAAUCCUUUUCUUAAAAAACAUAUACUAACAAAAUUAUUUAAGAGUUUUAAGAAAGUAAAAUGAUUUCAUAGAUUCAUAAAAAGAAAUUCAAAUAAAAAGCUAAGAUCGAUUAGAUAUAGAAGAAUAAAAGGAAAAUAAUGUAGAUGAAAUAAAUGUUGAAUGUGGAUAGUAGUAAAAUAUUCAAUAAAUAAUUAUUCCUGCUUUUUAAAAUAAAUAAAAGGUUUGUUUAGAAAAUGGAUAAUAAUAUAAGAAUAUGAGAUAAAAUUAUGAAAGUGAGUUAUUUUCUUCAAAUAGCUUAUAAAUGAGUUGUAAUUCAUAAUUGCCGAAAUAUACUAAAUAGUAAAACUAGGCUUAAGAAAGAGCUUAAAAUAAUUUAGAUAAAGAUACAUACUAUAAUGAAUAGUUUAUGAGCUAAGAAUAAGAAUUUAAUUAAAAAUUAUACUUGUAAAAAUAAAUAAAAUCUAAUUCUGAUUCAUAAAAUAAUAUUUUAAAAAAAUUAACUUCAAAUCAGCUUUAGGAUUAGGCUACUAAUUAGGUUUUGUGUUAAUCAAACUAAAUUUAAUUCAAUUAAAACUAAUAAUAUUCAGAAAAUCUAAUUUAAAAUUUAUUGGAGGUUUAAAAUGUGAGUAAAUAUAAAAUAAUUUAAAAAGAUUUCAAAAAAGUAAAAAAAGAAAUGUUAAAUCAGAGUGAAUUUUAGUUCAAAAAAGUUGAAUAUUAAAUAAAAAAAGAUAUGAACAUUUUUAAUUUUAUAAAAGAAAUUAUUUUGCUUAAAAAGGCAGUGAUGAUGCUACUAUCGAAAGAGUAAUUAGCUGCUCUUAACGUUAUAGGUUGUUCUUCUAGUUUUUUAUAGUUAAAUUUAAGCAAAGCGAGCUCCAACCUUGAUUAAUUUUAAAUUAGCUAAAAUUUAAGCCAUUACGAAAUGUAAAUAGCCAUUUUAUAAAAAGAAAAGUUUUAAGAUUAUUACAUUUAAAAAUUUUUAUCUCGAUGUUCGGAACCUGUAAAUAAUGAGACAGAUAAGAGAAUUUUAUAAUCAAUUUAGAAAUGCCACUAGCAAUGA